UUGAAGGUGAGACAAGCACGUGAGAAGCACACCCCUCUCCCUCUGUUCUUUCUCUCCCUCACAACCUCCUUAAACCCUAACAACAAACUCAGAAAAAACCUACUCUGCUUUUUGCCUCUUUCCCGGAGAGAGAGAGAGUGAGAGAGACAGACGGAGAGAGAUGGGAGGAAGCGAUAGCGAAGGCGAUAGAUCAGCGCAUAAGGAGAAAGAGAAGAAGAAGUUGCUGGCUUUGGCUCCAAUCGCUAAGCCUCUCGCUGGCAAAAAGCUCUCCAAACGCACUCUUAAACUCGUUCGCAAAGCUGCUGAACACAAGUGCUUAAAGCGAGGAGUUAAGGAGGUUGUCAAGAGUAUCAGACGCGGUAAUAAAGGAGUGUGUGUAAUUGCUGGGAACAUUACCCCAAUUGAUGUGAUAACUCAUGUUCCAAUAUUGUGUGAGGAGGCAGACAUACCAUAUGUCUAUGUAUCAUCAAAAGAAGAUUUGGCAAAUGCAGGUGCCACCAAGCGGCCAACAUGCUGCGUUUUGGUUCUAACAAAACCAACAAAGGGGGAGCUUGGAGAAGAAGAACAACAAAAGCUGAAAGCAGAAUACGACCAAGUUGCUUCAGAAGUAACUGAACUCGCUGCUACUUUGUUCUAAACGCUAUGUUUUUAACCAUUUUUAUCUUCUUUUCGUUCAUAUAACACACUUCCUUUUAAUGGUAUUAGUCGUCCAUGAAAAUGCUCGAUGAUCUCUUGAAUCA